AGCGUCAUGGCAGAACCCCAAACUCCGUAAAUACCUACAAGUACUGGCACUCAAACAAGUUGACAAAGAAUGUCAUGCAAUGUGCUCGCGAAAGCGACCUAGCUGUUUGCGAUCCCCAUCUAAAGAUCAACUCCAGAGCUUCUCUUUUCAGAAGCUGAACAACGAAAUGGAGAAUAGAGCACUGUUUCUUAAAGCCAUACUGCAUGCUGCUUGUGUCAACAACAGAAAUGCCAACAGACCAGAUGAAUGGAUGCCAACAAUCGGAAUGGCUGCUGCAGUUCUGCUAAGAAAUAGAUCGUCUCGUUUGAAUGCCAUUCAACUCUUGUUGAGUAUACUUCUGUAUCAUUCUAGUUGGACAUACACAAUGGCCCGAUUCAAAGUGUUGAGACUGGUGGUGUCCCAUGUCCAUCUGUACCAUAAACUUGAUGAAUUUGGCAAGAAUUAUGAUGCAUCUGUCAAAGCAAUAUUGGCUAAAGACAUGCACUGGCUUGCAUCCAAUGCCAAUGUUGUAACAAAUGAAGAUAGCAUCAGUGACAACAUCUUGGAUACAGCAAGUGAUAGCAGUGAUAGUAGUGAUAGUGAUUCUGAGACAGAGAGCCAGCAUGGCGACACUGAUGACCCAGAAAAUCCACCAGAUAAACCAGACCCAACUGUUCAACUUCAUGUUACAAAACUGCAGCCAAGUCCACCAUCUCCUGGGCAAAAGAUAACGAUUGACAACAUUGAUUACCGAAAAGAGGUGCAUUACAUGACCACCGGACAGAGGAUGUCCAUUAUCUGA